AUUUCUCAUACAGCUGUGAAGCGGAUGCAGUAUGACGUACUACCUUCCUUCCAGCUGUGAACGUGAAUCACGUUAUUUAUUAAGUUAAUAAGAUACCGGCUCUUCUUACCAAUUAAUAGUUGAUUUGGCAAUGGCGCCCAAGAAGAUUGAAGCCCCCGAAAAGAAGCCUCUGAUUGGUCGUGUUGGAACCAAUCUGAAAGUCGGUAUUGUGGGCAUCCCAAAUGUCGGCAAAUCUACUUUUUUCAACGUUCUGACCAAGAGCCAAGCAGCAGCUGAGAACUUCCCGUUCUGUACCAUCGACCCAAACGAGAGUCGAGUACCAGUUCCGGACGAGAGAUAUGAUUUUCUGUGUAACUACUACAAGCCACUCAGCAAGGUCCCGGCGUUCUUAAAUGUCGUGGACAUCGCAGGGCUGGUAAAGGGAGCUUCAGAGGGCCAAGGACUAGGCAAUGCCUUCCUCGCUCACAUCAGAGCGUGCGACGCCUUGUUCCAUCUCUGUCGAGCGUUUGAGGACGAAAACGUGACGCACGUGGAGGGCGAGGUCAACCCUAUAAGAGACCUUGAGAUCAUCAACGAGGAACUGCGACUCAAAGAUGAGGAGUACCUGAGUACACACCUGGAGAAGCUGGAGAGAACUGUACUGAGGGGCGGAGACAAGAAGUUGAAGCCUGAAUACGAUAUUUUAAGUAAAAUAAAGACACUUGUAGUGGAUGAAAAACAGCACAUCAGAUUCGGCGACUGGAAUGCCAAUGAUAUCGAAGUCCUUAACAAGCAUUUGUUUAUUACGUCCAAACCCGUCAUUUACCUGGUCAAUCUCUCGGAAAAGGAUUACAUCAAGAAAAAGAACAAAUGGUUGAUCAAAAUCAAGGAAUGGAUCGAUAAGAACGACCCGGGUUCCGUGAUCAUCCCGUUCUCAGGAGCUUUCGAGAACAGAAUCCUCGAGAUGACUGAAGAAGAGAGGAAACUUUACUUGGACGACGUCAAAGCGACAAGCUCCUUGGAUAAGAUCAUCGUACACGGGUACAAGGCCCUCCAGUUGCAGUAUUUCUUCACUUCGGGGCCGGAUGAAGUCAAAGCGUGGACAGUCCAGAAAGGGACAAAGGCCCCUCAAGCUGCUGGUAAAAUUCAUACAGACAUGGAGAAAGGUUUUAUUAUGGCGGAAGUGAUGAAGUUUGAUGACUUCAAAGAAGAAGGCUCGGAGACUGCUGUCAAAUCCGCAGGAAAAUACCGACAGCAGGGUCGGAACUACACGGUUGAAGACGGCGACAUCGUGUUCUUCAAGUUCAACGCCGGCGCCGGUCUGAAGGAGGCAAAGAAGAAGUGAUGGCAGGCCUUGCUUCUGGUAAUGCUCGUCCACCUUUACCUGAACCUUGUUCUCUUCUCAUAUUGCAGUCCGGCGCUCUGAACAAGACUUAACUACGCACUUGUAAUAACCAGAAUCAUCUCGCAUGGAGUUGCUUUCUGAUCCACGUAUAGAAUUCUAGGUAUAAAUGUCUCUCUCUCUUAUAUCUACUUUAAAAUCUAGAAUAUAAAACAUAAAAUUUUGAAUUGUAAUCAUAAAAAUUUCUACAUUUGGUUUGUAUGUGCUCAUGUUACAAAGAAUUUGUGUUGUAAGCCGUGCAUCGCAGUUUUGAAUUAUUUAUCGUGAAAUUUUUACGCGCCUUCGUAAUUGAACACUAACACACCGCGUAACGCGUUUGUAUCUUACGCGACGUAUCGUGAUUUACGAGAAAAUUUUUAAUCAGAUUUGUGACGUCGUAAGAGAAAUCUCAAAUAUGGCGGCAGACGGAGAAUUUCUUGAAUAGACGAUUGAAUUUUAUCUCGUCGGUAAUGACUCUUCGGGGUUAAUCAGCAAAUAUCACAAAAAUUGUGAUGCUCGUAUAUUUAAAGCCGCGCGCCAGAAUUAUUUAAUUGGAUAGCGAGAAAUGGAACCAACAUCACCCGUCCCGGUGCACGGGUGCGUCAUAUUUAAAAUGGCCACGAAGUUUCUGACUCUGACACGUGACUUUCGUGUUAGUCUUUCAUUUAUGACGUAGUAAAACAUUGUAAUGUGGGGUAGCUCGUCUCUCUAAUGCUUUUAAGUAUAUAUUUUUCAUUAGCCGUUUUCAGGACACCUAAUCUUAGAUAUUCCGUCUUUCGAGCCUAGUUUGUGAAUCUCCGGUUGCGAACCGCUCGUGAAACAAAAGGUCACGUGACAUUUCAGGUUCUAAUGGCGUCAGGUAUGAAGACCGACUUCUGGGAUGUCGCGGCGUUUGUCGUCUCUAUCCUGGCGAUGUGUCACCUCGAUAAUGCAGGCAGCAGGCACCUCUGAAAUGUCCGUAAUCUUCUGCACACGGCGACAUCCCAGAAGACAAGGUUUUACUUGUAAUGCGACUGUGACACGUAGGCGCUUAGGGGGAAAGCAGGAAUAUCUCCUACUCAUUCUUGACCUGGGCACUAGAUGGCGAUGAGUGGUCAUCGUAAUGCCCAGGCCGCCCUUUACUCCAGGGAAAGGUCCCGGUGCCCACCGGACAGAAGCCUGGGUGGGCCCCAGAACCGAUCUGGACGCAGAGGCUGGAGGGAAAAUCCAAAAUCCAACCUAUACAAGUCCUUUCUACAUUGACUCACGCCUUCCUUGAUACUAUCCAUUUGCUAAGGACAUCGGAACUUCUCAAGGUCGACUGUUCUCCACGUAGGUAUUUUCCCAGGACGUUAAUUAUCACUUAUGUUCACAGCUUCCCAAACCAUCGGCUAUUCAUUGAGUUUGAUUUAAAAAUGUUUUUAAGUUUGUACUCGUAAUUUGGUGAGGAUAUCUCGCUCUUAUCGCGAAGAUUGUUGACGUAAAAAUUGCUAUGAGAAGAGGACAGUGAGAAUUUUAUAUGAUAUUUGCCGGAGCUCGUAACUCUGUCGUCUGAUGAACUUUGUACUGACCCCGAGAAACGUGCCCCAGUUCCCCGUAAAAAAAAACUUGUUGAGUAUCGGAAAGGAAGAAGGGGGAAAUUUCCACUUCAUUGUAUUUACGUUUCUUUGGUGAUCAGUAAGAAGGACUUAAGUCAGACGCGAUGCCUAAAGAAACGUGAUAAGAGGCUGUUCUUGCCGAGCACGGUGAUUUAUAUACCUGGUUUUACAUUUUAUGUAGUCUGGUGCGAUUGAUAUCGUAAAUUUGUGUUUUGUUUUGUCUGACAGUAGGAUAUUGCGCUUUGGGUAUACAAUUGAUGUAUUGAUAGAUGUUUCUUUAUAAAAAGAAUUUCUGGAAGAAGUUGUUUCUUCCGGAUGAAAAUA